AUGAAGAUCCUCCUCAUCUUCUUCACUUUCUACCUGAUCUCAGCUGCAGAAAAAUACUUUGAUGUGUCUGGAUAUUCUGGAGGAAGUGUUCUUGUUGAUUCUGGCAGGUUUUCACCUGCUAAAGUUGGUGUGUCUAGUGUGAGCGGCUACUCAGGAGGUCGUCUGAUGAUCAAGUGUGAACAUCCUCAAUACAAAACCAAACCAAAAUACAUCUGUAAAGAAUCAGACGGAUGCUCAGAGAGGAAGAGUCCAGGAGUUCAGGAUGAAUGGAUGGAGAAUGGAGAUGUUUCUUUAUAUGACGACACCAGAGCAGGAGUCUUGAUGGUGUUUUUUAGAGAGCUGAAAGCUGCAGAUGCAGGAACAUACAGGUGUGGAGUGAAAGAAUCUGACUAUACUGAGAGAUUCACUGAACUACAGCUGAGCGUCAAACACGAUGCAAAAUACCCAAAGAGAGUGACAGGAUCUGUGUAUCUCGGUGGAGAAGUCAUCAUCACCUGUCAGAUCCCAGAGAAACAUUUAGUUCAUGUCUGUAAAGAGGAUGAUAAUCACAUCUGCCAGAACAUCAGCUCAUCUAAAGUGACAGAAAUGAGUGGUUCAUCAGAGAGAAAUGAAGAGAGAGUUGUUACAGUGAGCAUCAGUAAUCGAUUUUUAACAGUGUGGUGUGGAGCAGAAACCAGAGACACAGAUCUGACUUUCAUCUCCCUGAACACUCAAAUUCAGCUCAACCUCAUCAUGCCUCCAGUAGUGAGACGUGAAGGAGAAUCUGCUGAGAUCUUCUGUCCUUAUGAUUCAAUCUAUAAAUCAAAGCCAAAGUCUCUCUGUAAGGGGAAGUGCUCCACUAGAGACAGAAAUCCUCUCAGUGAGACUGUGAGAGAAGAGAAAGAGACCAAGACUGACAGAUUGACUCUGAAAGAUAACGUCACUGCAAGUGUCUUCACUGGGACCAUCACUGCACUGACAGCAGAGGAUGCUGGGAAAUACUGGUGUGCAGUGACAUUAGAAACAGAGCUCAAUUAUCUUCACACUCAUCUGAUGGUCAUCAUGAACGAGGAGCUGAACUUGACUAAGUAUGAAGGAGACGACGUGUCAAUCCAGUGCAAACAUCAGGAUGAAGAUCAGAAAAGCUUCUGCAAAGCACAUGAAGCCUCCAUGUGUGUGAAGGAUGGAGUUUCAUUGGAGACGAUCAGAGAUGAUCGAUUCUCUUUCAGUGAUGAAGCAUCUGCUGGAGUCUUUACUGUGAACAUCACUGAUCUGAGAGAAGAGGAUUCUGGGAUAUACUGGUGUGGAGAUCACGUCAUCACUAAAGUGCAUUUAAAUGUCAGCAAAGAUAAGAACAGGAAUCAAAACCACAGAGAUGAGCUGAAGGUUCAGAGAACUAACAGACUAACAGUAUUUAUUCAGGAAACCCACAUGAGACUCACAGAGAGAUGA